AUGGCUUUUCGAUUUAACUUUCCUUUGGAUGAAAAUGAGAACCACGAACCAGGCGCUCGUGGUAAGACGGACUCACGGCCGCGCUCUCCAAAACGCGCAGAGGGGAGCAAACAACCUGCCGAUGCGCCGGCAGGGUCCAGCCCGAGGCUGGGUGCUGGCAAGCAACAAGACGAGGUGCCAUCAAAGAAAAAGUGCUUGAAAGCUGCCAGAGAGCACAACAUUCCCGACGAUCUCAGCAAAAUACUGGAAAAAAAAGUCACGGAAACAGUGUCGGGCCUGUGUUACGUAAAAAUGUCUGCGGUGGAAAAGAUGUGUUUGGAUGGUGCCGAUGGAGAAGGCAUCGUGUCCCAAAGCGUCUCUGCUCACUCUGAUCUCAUCCCAGGAGUCUAUGAGGGAGGACUGAAAAUCUGGGAAUGCACUUUUGAUCUCAUAGACUACCUUGCUGAGGCUGACAUACAGUUUACCCACAAGACUGUGUUGGAUCUUGGCUGCGGGGCCGGACUGCUGGGAAUAGUUGCAUUAAGGGGUAAAGCUGAAAAAGUCCAUUUUCAGGACUACAACAGCACGGUGAUUGACGAAAUAACUUUGCCUAACGUGGUGGCUAACUGUGUAAACAACGGCAGCAAGGUGGGCAGCGGGGGCGGCAGAAAAAGUGGGAAGCCUCCUUCAAAGAAGGCCAGGAAAGCGGAGCGCUUACCCGACGUGCUCGCCCAGUGCAGAUUCUUUUCUGGAGAGUGGUCUGAAGUCAGCUGGCUCCUGUUAAACAGCCACAAACCCUUUUCGAAGUACGAUGUCAUUCUCACAUCUGAGACCAUCUAUAAUCCUGACUCCUACGGUGCUUUGCACGAUGCGCUGGCUCAGCUCCUGGGUGAAAACGGACGGGUGUAUUUGGCAAGCAAAGCAUAUUAUUUUGGGGUUGGCGGGGGUAUUCACCUCUUUGAGGAAUUCGUUAAAGAGAGAAAGGUGUUCAGCACCCGCAUAGUUAAAGUAAUUGAUGAAGGACUGCAGCGAUGUAUUAUGGAAAUGGCCUUUAAGGAUUCCAGUUAG